ACCAAUGCCACCAACUUGGCUAGGCUUAUAUAAGGACAAAAUCAACUCUCUUUUCAUCCCAAAAACAACCAAACACCUCCCUUGCAGCCAUCAUUUUUUCCUCCUAAAUCCUCUUCUUUCUUCCAAGAAAAUGGAAUUCUCAACUUUCCAUCCCUCAACAUGGAAUUCUUUUUUCACCUCUCCUCUCCUCUUUCCCUAUCAGUUCAUUCCUGAGAAUUAUGUUCACUGGAGAGAGACCCCUGAAUCUCACAUAUACUCUGCUGAUCUUCCAGGUGUGAAGAAAGAGGAAAUAAAGGUGGAAGUUGAGGAUUCAAGCUACCUGAUAAUAAGAACUGAAGCAGCCAAUGAAACAACAGAGCCAAUAAGGAGCUUUAUGAGGAAAUUUAGGCUACCUGGAAUGGUGGAUAUGGAUGGAAUUUCUGCUAGUUAUAGAGAUGGUGUUUUGACAGUCACAGUUCCAAGAACACUUGUGAGAAGGGGAUUUUUCAUUGAACCAGAUGACUUGCCAGAAAGCAUAGUGAAUCUUGGUGCUAGUGCUGCUUGAUUAUUUUGCUUCCAAACAAGAUUUGGUUGAUAUUAAUACCUAAUCUUAUUAUUAUUAUUAUUAUUAUUUUUGGGUUUAGGGAGAGGGAUUUCAAGAUUGUGCUCUCUUUGAGAUUAUGUACAUAAGUUAGAUCAAUGGUAAUCCUUAAACUGAAUUUGUUGUCAUUCCAAAAACUUUUGAGCUUGAAAAAUACUAUAUUUGUAACAAAAGGAUGGAGUGCAGUCUAUUUCCA